CAACACAAACGCUUUCAGCUUUUCUCAAAUGAACGUAUAGUCUAUGGUUAACACUUAUUAUUGUCAACAUGUCGGACAAUGAAGACUUGUUAGGUGACGAUUUAGGAGACCAGAGCCUUGCGGACUAUAACCUUGGCAAUGAGGAAGAGGAACAGCUUUUGGCUGAUGACUAUGACAGUGCUGGACCUCAAAAUGUACCGACCUCUAUUGGAUCCAGUUACCGUGAGCCCAUUGAUAUGGGGCCACCGGAGUAUCCCAGUCAUCUAGAGUAUAAUAACCAGCCACCCAUACAGUACCAAGCUAUUGCGGACACAGAGUGCGUAGUGCCGAAUAUAACGGUAGAAGUACCGAAUGCUCCGAUACCAGAGGUGCCUACAUAUGCUCCGUAUGAACCACCAGUUUAUGAGGAACAUGCCGUACCACCAGCUAUCCCAGCAGCCCCAGUGGAAUCCCCACAGAUAGUGCCAACGGACAUGAAUGCCCAGAUACAAAAUGGAGAUCUGGGCGGUCCUCGUGAAAGGUUUGUCUCUGAGAGACCGCCGGGCGCUCAGCGACUGCCGCAAGUUAGAGAUAUACCAGAUACCUUAGACAAGGUGGUGAUCCCCCGCGGCGGGUUCCCCCGCGGGCGCACGUCGUGGCGCAACCCGCAGUACGCGCAGCGGUUCCCGCACCCAUACAGGAGGAACAACGUACAUCGGGGAAACUUCAACCAGCGCCCAUCAUUCCCACCCCCGCAACUAAGACCCAGUCCCCCACACAACCGACCUGAAAUCCAUCCCGAAAUGAGGCCAGAAAUCCGCCCUGAAAUGCGGCCUGACAUCCGACCUGAGAUCCGGCCUGAACUACGUCCUGAAAUAAGGCCAGAUAUGAGACUGGAACCUCCGAAUCUCCCACCAAUGGGGCCGGAAAUAUCCCCGGAACGGCCAUUAAUGCCACAGGACAUGCCUCCAAUGUACCGUCCACCGAUGGAACGUCCUCCAUUCAUGCCCCGUUUCCAGUUUAGGCCCCAUAUGGAUGAGCGUCCUCAAUUUGGGCCUGUGAGGCAGAACUUUGAGCCUAGGCCAGUGUUUUACAGGCCGGGUUUCCCACCGAGGCCGUUUGCUCCCCCUAUGAGGGAGAUAGUGCCUAACGCUAGCCAUAUGCCGCAAGUGACUAUUAGGCAGGCGAUGCCCAUGCCCGGGCCUAGUAUGGACAAGGUGAUUAAAGAAGGUCCCAGGGAGCCUGAAGUUAGGAUGUUACCGGUGCCUCUGCCUGCGAACCUGCCUCCAAGAGGAUUGGCCGGCAAGAAGGUUCUGAUCAAUCCACACUUUAAAGGGAACUUCCAACCGCCUGUUGAAGGCCCAGUGAAAGAUAUCGAUGAUGCAGCGGAGAGGUUUAUCGCGGAACAGCGCAAUGCUCUCGCCAGGGCCGCCGUCAGGAAGUACUCUAGACGAUCACCGCCACAGAGAUACAUAGAGAACACGACGAUAGAGAUAGAGAACGAGCUGGCUGGGGGUAGACGCCGCAGCCACGACGACGACGACUUACUGCGCCGCCAGGAGGAGUUCAUCAACGCCAACCGCGCCGGGCUCAGGAGGAGGAUGCGGUCCCCGUCCCCGGUGCGUCGCUCGGUGUCCCCGCGCCGCUCGCCCGAGCGACGCCCGCGCCCUGAUACUGCACGCCACUCCGACGAGGACAGUGAGUACAAGCGGCGUCUCCGCGAGCAGGAGAGUUUACGCGAGCGAGUACUGCGCGCCAAGGAGGUACGGCGGAGGAAGAAUGCGCUGCAGAGGAUACACGGAGACCGUGAGCGUGAAAACCAAGAAAAAGAAGCCUUACUCAAGACUCCAGAGCAACCAGCACCAUCGGAACCGGAGAAGGCCACGGAGACACACGCACAGACACACGCACAGACACACGCACAGACACACGCACAGACACACAGGCCGGACACGACCCGGACCAGUCCCGACGGAGACAGUGCCAAGCCUGACUCCAAGGAGCCGGCCCGGGACAGGUCGCCCGUCAAGGAGGAGGUCGAGGUUAAUUCUACUUGUGAAGGGCUGACCCCCCCUAGGGGCGAGGCACUAACCCCCCCACUGCCGUCGCGGCGCGGGGACAGCGACGACGACCUGGACCUCAUCCUGGGCGACAUCGACGGCAUCCUCUCCGACGACGACGACUCCGGCCGGUUCAAGGACAACGCUAACAAACCGGAGCCCCAGAAGUCGAAGCCUCAAGUAGACCUCCGCACGAAGCUGCCUCCCAAGUCCGGCGGUGAACAGAAGAAGCAACAACGACAGAAGAUCGUGUUCACCGACGACAGAGACGAGAAACCCAAGAAAAAAGAGAAGUCCCCACCGCGCCGAGCUGUAGUCACUAGCUCGACGGUCACUGAUGACUUCGAACCAGAAGUUAAGAAACUAAAGGUAAAACCCAAGCAGGACUCAACCCCUGUGAAAUCCAGACAGAGGAUAACUUAUGAGAAAGAGCAAGCCGACAAAGACAAGGACGAGGAUAAAAAGUCGAGUUUCUCGAACCGGCGCGUCAUACUACAGAGGAAAUCUCCAAAGGAGAAGUCAGUGUUCUCCCGCAUCGAGGUCAAAGCUGACGUGUCGCACCCCGGGGCCGGGAUAUUCAGCCGCGCCGUCCGCACGGCCAUCAACCCCGACCCCAGACCCGCGCAGACCCCGGGCCAGCCCCGCGACCCCGCUGUCCACGUAGACUCUGGUUCAGACGACGAGGACGAGGUCCAGUCGUCCGCGUCCACGGCCCGGGUAUCGAACCUGCCCCCCGGGAUCACGGACACCCGCCUCAGAACUCUCGCCGGCAAUGAGCUACAGAGUUUAAUAUUGGAUAAGGAAGAUCGCACAGCGAAGAUUGUAUUCAAAACGUCGGCCGCAGCUGAGAACUUCAAAAAGAAAUUUAAUAACAAGAUGGUUGCCGCUAGCCGAUUAACUGUUACUUUACAUUGAACCUUAAAAACUGUACUAUAGAACCUAUAUUGCAUUGUCUAACAGUAGAAUAGAGCUCAUUUUUCCUUAACAUUAUGUUGUCAUACGAUAAUCGACUUUAUUAACCAUUGGGUAGAGUAGAUAUUUGAAUAAACUGUUUGUAUUUAAGUAUAGGGAAUGUUACGUUGUUUGGAUAUUGCUACGGGAUGUUCAGAAUUUUGUGACUUAUGUUAUUAAUGCACCCUUAGAAUGAAAGUGACCGAAUCUUAAAAGUAAGUUGUGGGAAAUGAGCCAGAAAGUCUCAAAAAAUUAUAGUAUUGAAUACAUUUUAGUAUAUCUCUUCCAUAUUCCAUGAUUUUUACUAGAUUUAUGGAUUAGUUCUUUGGUUGUAGAGUAUAUUUUAUAACGCCAGUUUAUGAUAAAAUCGAAUGUUACAGAAAUUUUGAGUUUAGUCACUUUCAUGUUAAGGUGCGAUAUGUUAUUACGUAAUUAGGUAUUUAGUCUUUAGAUUGACUAAAAUAUGUUUUGACACAAAAAUUGUGUUUUGUAAAAUCUUUAGACUAGAAUCUACAUAUUAGUUAUUGUAAGUAGCUGGAUUAUGUUGUUCGAAAUUGUAUGUUUUUUAGUGUUUUUGGCAUGGUUAAGUUAAAAUGUAUUUUGAUACUUAUUACUAUAACAGUGGAGUAUACAUUUCAAUGCUUCAGACGACUUCGCUGUUUUAAAACGGUGAAUGGUAAUUAAUUUAUUGAAAUAAGUACUUUAUUUGAAGGUAAUAAGUAUCAUAGUAUGUUGUUCGGUAAAUAUCUUCCAAGCACUUUAUCCCAGUAACAUAUUUUUCACUUACUUGUAACAAAUGGACUUUAUUACCUAAUACAUAAAGGUUAGUUUACUACAAAAUAUUAUAAUGUAACACAUAUACUGUUUUAAACUUUAUUUUCAUGUAUUUAGAGUCGAUAUUUGUUUAAACAGCAAUAGUAGGUAAGCAUUUUGCCAUAGUCACUGCAGUUUUUAUGUAGAAACAUGAUAUACAUGUAAGCACCAAUAUUAUAUAUGCUAUAGGAUUUUAAACCAUAUGUACAAUAGUUAAAGUUAAAAAAUCCAAUGUAAUAGUAGAAUGUUCUGAAUUGUAAAUCCACAUACAUUUGGUGUGAAUUUAUGUAAUUACAGUGGUUUAUUGUUAUAGUUUAUUUAUAUGUCUAGGUGAGACGGGUUUAGGGAAUAAUAGUAAUAAAAAAGAAACAUAGUGUCUCCAAGGGUAAGGUCCAAGGUCAAUGGCUUACCCUUUGGUGAAUCGUCUACACAUUUGCCCCUUUUUCAUAAAAACUGUAAAAGAAAUUUAAACGUCAUGAAACAACUCGAAACUGCAAUUUGUGGAUCACACAAAGAGUUGCUCCGUGGGAAUUGAACCCCUACAAUUGCACGGCAGCCGGUUGGCCGGACACCGCACCAACCAUGCAGUCUAAGCCUUUAACAGUCUCUCUAGACAUGUAGAUAAACUAGCGACUAGUUGGACAGGUUUUGAAUAAGAUACAGAUAAACUUCACUAGCAGAUAUUAUUAUUACGCAUACAUUUUUUUAUAUUUUAAAGUAUUGAUAUCUAGAAUCUGUGAAACAAUGAAUAAUAAUCCUAAAAAUAUAUAAAAUAAGGAAUACGGUUUUAAUGGACUUAUAUUGUAUGGUCACCAACAGUUUGAGAGUGUGUACCAAAUAUCAGAUCGAUCGGACGUCAGAUUAUAUGCAAUUACUAAAUUUGACUUAAACAAACAAACAGUUUAAACUAAAUAAGACCGUUUAAAAAUGUGUACAAUGUAAAAUGUUGUAAUAUUAUGCAACUGUAUUUGUAUUUAAUUUAGUAUUCCAUAGUCUCUGUAUAUCCCCAUGGGAGACAAGCGUGAGGUUAUGUAUGUGUCUGUAUGUAAUUCAUUAUCUUCCUUGAUUUAUAAAGACACAAAAAAUUAGUGAAUAGUGAAUAUUUCUGCCUAUCCAUUAUUGGAUUGUGUGUUAUUGUAAUUUCAAAGACUCGAUUUGCUCUUUUUUUUUCAAAAUUGUGUAUACAUGUAGUUGUAAACGUAUAUUAACUUGAAAGCAAUAUUGUAUAUAAAGAUUUAUAUUGUUUCAUAACUAAAACAUAUGAAAAAAUACAUUUUGUAAAGUUAAAACCUAAAUAUCUGUAUUUGUAGUAUCAAACUUUCUUCUGUUUGUGGGUUGAAAGGAGUGAUGAUAUGAUUUGUAUUAUUGUUUGGAAAUUAAAACUAAUAUUGACUUAAGAUAAUUUUGAACUGUGAAGCAAAAUCAUUUGUUUUUGUCUUCUGUUUACUAACCAGUAUAAUAAUAUAUGUUAAUUUACUUAAAACUGUUGAGAAAAUGACCAAAAUGUAUUGUGGAUUUCGAAAUUUUCAAUUGUAUGUAUGUAUAUGCCAUUGUAACCCUUAUUAACAUUGCAAUAGAGCUCUUAAUCCAGUUGUUACUGUUUUUAAAUUGUUGUUUGUUUAUAUAAUAAGUUUCAUACAUAAAUAUCUAUGUCCGAAUUAUGUAAAGAAGUAUGUUUCUUUAGUAUUUUGUUUAUACGUUAUUUGAAAUACGCAUUUAAAAAAAAAUGCUCGAAAAUAUUCACUGUAUAGAAUGGAUUCUAGUUAUUAUUCACAAACGGAAAUACUGAAACAGUCUUAUACUGUUAUAAUAAAUAUCGUGAGACAUACUAAAUUAACUAAAACCAACUGUUUACUUACGUAAAUAUAUUGGGAAAAGUUUGACUAGUUUCGAGUCACAGAGAUACUCUUUAUCAGCCUAUUGAGAGCAGAGUAGACACGCUGCUCAUAGUGAUAAAGAGUCCCUCUGUGACUCGAAAUUAGUAGAGCAUUUCUCAAUAUAUUUACGUGAGUAAUCCGUUAUUUUUAGUUAAUUUAGUCUUAUAUUAUUGUAAAAAUUGGAGACCCAAUUGUAUAUGAUUCCAAUUGAUAAAAAAAAGAAGUGAUCUUAACAAACUUACUUUUUCAAAGUAUUAUUACUUCCCCAUACAGUCUAGUCCGCUUAUAACUAAAAAGCAAAAUCAAACAAAUAGUUAGUUUAUUAGAAAAAGGGAAAUAUAGCGAUUUACUCUCAUAUUCGCUUACACACGUUCUCAUAUUCAAAUAUGAAUUUUACGUUCUAUAAAAUAAGGUCUUAAUUUCUACUAACGACAUUAGGUGCUUGAUUUUAUCAAUAUUGCAUUUAUAACAUUUUAGAUGUUGCUUCCAAGAUAUUCUAAAACUUAAAUAUAAAAGGAUAUCUUAGAUUUUAUAAUAUAUAGUUGUAAUAAUGGCUAAAUUAAAGAGUAGUUCGUUUUUCUAACUUUUCACUAAAUAUGUAGUAGGAUUAAAAAUUUUAUUACAUCAAAAUCGAAUGAAGAUUCGGAGACGUUUGUUUUUCUUAUUUCGAUCUUAUAAUCCUAUUUUUUAACAUAAUGUAAAAGGUUAUAUCUUAAGUUUGGUCUUAUAGGAUUAGUUUUUAGUAUUUUAGUGUAAUUAUGCUUUGAACGAAGCUGAUUUGUUUGAUUUAGAAAUGUUUUUUUACCUAUUAAGGUAACUGUUAGCGCGUAUAAUGAGAAUUAUACAAAACUUAUAUAUAUUAGACUUAUAUAUUAUAUUUCUGUCUUAUAAGUCAGCUUCGUUCAAAGCGAGAAUGCAAGAUAUUGUUACAACAAUGUAAAAUGCAAAUAAAAUACGCUAGAUUAUAAACUUUGUUGUUUGUUUUGUCUAAUGUAAUGACCAUUCAUAUAAUGAUGUGAUUUUUUUAUAUAUAUAGAUCUCAGGAAAUAAAUAUGCAGGCAAAUGUUGUGUUUUAAUUUCUUAUUGUAAUUUAUUGUUUUACCCCGUUAGUAUAAGUUUAGUUAUAAGGUUAUAAUUACUGAUUUUGUAAUAUUCACUUUUGUAAAUUACUUUUUGAGUGUUGUAUGAGUGCUUUUGAGUAUUUUUGUAUAUGUUUUAAAUGGAAGUGUGAUGUUAUGAAGUCAGUAAGGUGUUCACUCACCAAUUGUUAGUGAAUGAAUGAAUGAGUAACUUCAUUCGGUCAUUCACUGAAGAAAAAUCUAAGUUAAAUCAUGUUACAAUUUGUUGGGUGAACCAAUGUUUUGUUAUUGUUUUUUUUUUAUUUGAUUUGUGAUGAAACAAUCGUUUUGCUUCGCGUAUUCCUUGGAAUAUGAUUGGAGCGACCAAAGACUGAAUUUGAAAUAAAAAGACUUUUAAUUUUGAAA